AUAUCUAACCCUACCUAACUAUAACAUAAUCUGCCUGAUUUACUGACCGACAGACGCGAGCGUGGGUAGACGUCUCCACGCUGGUUACAUUUUUGACCUGUGAUUUUUAUUGAAUUAAAGUUAUAAAACAUCUCGAAUAAAUACAGUUGUGCAGUUAUUUUGUGUUACUAUUCAUAGUGUUGACUGAAUGUGUUGUGAUAUUUGACGUGGCUUACACUCUUGGUGUUAUGUCCUCGAUGUGUCAGUGAUUCGCAAUGGAGAUGACGCAUCAAGGCGGGGCGGAGGCCGAGAGCCUCCUGCGACCCGACCAGAGGAGCGGUAUCGUUAUGCCGCAAGGACGAUCUGGACGCUGGGAGUCGGCAGAGAGUGAAAAGCAUCCUUUCCUACGUAACGAGCCGGUGAGAUUGACACCCGCGUGGGAGGGAUCCAACCUCCCAAAUGACACACUCAACUUAAAAGGUAUUGCCAUGGAUUUGGCUCCGCCAAAGGAUAGAUGGUACCUCAUAUACUUGACUCUAGUUUUACACGGACUGGGAACAUUAACAGCUUGGAAUAUGUUCAUCACAGCUAUCGAUUAUUUUGAUAAAUAUAAAUCCUACGCCACGAAGUAGUGUGUUUACGCUUUAUUAUAUCACUAUAGAAGUAUAGAUAAGUGUCCUAAUAAGUUAUUUUCUUUUAUUUUCAGUGGUAACUUGACUACACGUAUAGUAUGGUCGCUGAUCAUAGAAGUGAUGGUGUUUGUGGUGACAGUCAUGUUGGCUAUGGUAGACAGCACUGACUGGACAGUUGUAUUCUUCUGGAUCACUAUUUGUACAGUUUUUGUACUAAAUGCAUUCAACGCGGUAUUCCAGAAUUCAGUGUACGGUGUAGCAGCCCGUCUACCCCCUCAGUACACAGGCGCUGUGGUACUCGGCUCCAACAUCUGCGGCACGCUGGUGACUCUUCUCAAGUGGCUCUCUGAUGUCUUCACUUCCAGCAAACGGACCUCAGCUAUAUAUUAUUUUAUAGCUGGAAUGUUUGUUCUGCUCAUCUGCUUUGAUACAUACUUCGCGUUACCAUUGAACAGAUUCUACCGCUACCAUGAGACGCUACAAGAGAGGACGAUGCGCGUGAACCCGGCGCUAGCGGCGACCAAUCAGAACGCGAGCCCGGACAAGCAGCGCACGCCGUACGCCACUAUAUUCAAACAAGCCUGGAUACAACUCUAUAAUAUAUUCAUUAUCUUCUUUGUCACACUGUCCGUGUUCCCUGAAGUACAGUCCAAGGUACAACCAAUCACGCCGGGUUUCCUCGGAGAUAACUUCACGAGGCUUACGUGCUUUUUGACUUUCAACUUGUUGGCAAUGAUCGGAAACCUUACUGCUAGUUUUUGGCAAUUUCCAAAUCCUAAGUGGUUAUGGGUGUUUACGACACUCCGUAUCGCGUUUAUACCUUUGUUCCUGGUAUGCAACUACUUGCCCGGCGAGCGCACAUUGCCAGUACUGGUGCGAGCUGACUGGUUGUACUGGCUACUAGCUGUGCUAUUGGGCUGGAGCUCCGGGCACGGCAGCUCGCUCGGCAUGAUGUAUGUCAGUGGUACUGUGGCCCCCGAGCAUGCUUCAACUGCUGGCAUGAUAGGCGGUGCGAUGUUGGUCACUGGUAUCGUGUCUGGCAUCACAAUUUCCGGCACCUUCAGGGAUUUGGUGUCACUGAAGAUGUGGUUAUACCUUUAGCGGUCACUAACACAUGCUGGAAUGUUCUGGAACAUUCUAGCAAGAUGUAUAGGACUGUGAAGUGACUGUUACACAGUUGUGUUGACUAGUGAAGUGAAAUGUGAAUUUUGAAGUGUAUUUUAUAAGUGAAUUAUGGAAUUGUGAGCGUGGAAUGGAAUUAAUUGGAGAUAUAAAGGUAAUGAAAGUACUAAUUUUUUAUUUACAUGCUUUUUUAUCUUGUUUAUAUAUUAUUACUGUAAAAGGUAAAUUAUACUUUGCGAUAGAAAUAGAUAUUGGUUUAAAAUCUAUGGAUAGUUUCAGAUUUGUAUGACAUAGAAAUUAUAUAUAACAAUUAUAUGGAUUGUUCAUGUUUGUAUGUAAUAUUUAAAAGCUGAUAUAAAUCGCAAUAAUAUAGAGUUUGUUUUCAAAUGUAUUGAUGGUUUAAGGAAUGUUAUUGUUGGUAAAGAUUGUCAUAUAACUGCGAGUUUUCACUGCAAUAUGCAAAUAUGUUAUCUCAUUGACUAUGAAAAAAAUGGAGAUGGCAUAUAAAUAAGGCAGUGAAAAGCGUUAUUAUGUGUAGUGUUUAAGUUUGUAAAGAUUAUCCAAAGUGCUGGUUAGUAUAAGUAACAGACUGCAAUAUGAUUGCUAAAACGCACAGAUAAAAUAGAUUUUUUUUUACCUCGAUUAGUUUAAUUUUGGAAUGACGAUUCAAAUUUUGCUGACAGAAAAAAAGGCUUUAGUUUGACAAUCAUGAGAAAUGUUUAAAAACUGUAUAUUUUAAACAAUAUGUUGAUUUAUAAAUAUAGUUUUGAUUUGAUUAGUGACAAAAAAUGAAUUAUUUGAUACUACACAAAUAAUCUAGUCUGAUUUACUCAUUUCAUCUGCAUUUGUUUCAUCUGUAUGUUGUUUUUUAUUGUUUUUUUAAAUUCCACACCAAAGAAAUAGAUUCUGGAGGCUAUUUGUAGUAACUUUAAUGAUAAUUAAUUGAUAAAUUUCUUACACAAUUUGUACUGUAGAUACAAUAAUGUAUGGAUUAUUUGAUUUUUCUAAUCUUAAAAAUAACUUAACUUCUGUUGACUUUUCAUUGUACAUGAGUGGUUUUUUUUUUCAAAUUUCUCAAAAUUUUUUUGCUCUUUUUCUCAAUUUAAAUGUUCUUGUUUUAGAAAGCUUUAUAAAGUAAAACUUGAGUCGUCAUUUACAAUUAGUUAAUUAACAUUUUAGUUUGACAGACUGAAACACUGACUCUAUUAAGUAAUUAUUUUCCCAUAAUUAUUAUGAAAAUUAUAUCUUUAAGUGUUCAAUCAUUUCAAACUUUUUAAAUAAGGUUUCUUUGGAAAGUAAUUCAUACACUUGUUUUAUAAAUUUGUUACUGGCCUUUAAUUUAAUAAAAAAAGUAAAAAUGUAAACUUCAUUGAAUCAAGAACAAAUAUGUGUGUGUUUUCUUUUAAGGCAACUCAGUCUUGUGUUUAUUUAAUAGUAAAUGUUUUUUUUUA